AUGCCUCCGAAAGUGAAAGCAGACAGCGCGAAGACACCGUCGCUGAAACGGCUCAAGGCUCAGUUGAAGGACACUCAAUCAACUCUUGGCGACAUUGAGACGUUCAUCAAGGACUUCAAGGACACCGCUACGGCCAGCGAUGUCAGCGUUCGGUUGGAAAUUAUCAAUGACAUCUAUGAAACUUUUUGCGAAACCCUCAUUGAUAUCACUUCUCACGACGACUUCUUUGAAGCGGAGGAUUUUUACGAAUCUGCCCGAAUGGCUUUCAACUUGAGCUACAUGGAAGCCAAAUCGUUUCUUUUGGAGAGGCUCAGGGAGCGCGAAGACCACACGUCGGAUCAGCCUAACGUUACGCUAGGUUGCGAGAACUUGAACCAUGUGCAGUUACCUCAGAUCCAACUGCGGACAUUCACCGGAGAUGACGACGAUUGGGUUAGCUUCCGAGAUUUGUUUACGUCGCUCAUCCACUGGCGGAACGACCUGUCCGGUGUGGAAAAGCUACAGUACCUGAGGGGUUGUUUGUUUGGCAAACCUGCGACGAUGGUAGACAAGUACAAGAUGAGCAACGCGGACUACCAGUUAGCUUGGGAAGAUUUGCUGAACUAUUAUAACAACAGCAAGCAAAUGAGGAAGCGUCAGAUUCAGCAUCUCUUCGAACUGCCAGCCAUGUCCAAAGAAUCUUCUGGGAGUGACUACAAGGACUUGCUUCUGGUGCACAUGCUGACGGAUCGUCUUGACCCUGUAUCACGGCGAGGCUGGGAGGAGCACUCGUCUACCAAGGAGCAGGACACGGUUAAGGACAUGCUGGAGUUCUUGCAGCGGCGUAGUCGUGUGCUCGAGUCGUUGCCGCCGAAGUCAACUAACGCAAAGAGUACAUCCCAGCAACCACAUCAACAACCGAAGUCGAAACCGUCGGUGGUCAGGACUAACUACAGCACCGCUCAAGCGUCAGGAGAACGCUGCCCAGCGUGCACGGGAACACAUCUUCUUCACAGAUGCUCGGUGUUCCAGAGGAUGACGGUUUCGGACAGGGAGUCUCUGCUGCGCACGCAUUCGCUGUGUCGCAAUUGUCUCAAACCUGGACAUCUGGCGAGGGGUUGCCAGUCGAAGUACUCUUGCCAGAACUGUGAAGGUCGCAUCAACUACCAGACGGGAGAAUGCUCCCAGGAAGAACCUCAAGCUGUCGUCGUUGUUGAGGAUGACAACGGGAAUCGGCUUCCAGCGCGGGCUCUGCUCGACUCGGGUUCGGAGAGCAACUUUAUGUCGGAACGAUUAAGCCAGCGACUACGGGUUAAAAGGAACAAGGUGGACAUCUCGGUGUCCGGGAUUGGACAAGCAGUCUCAAGGGUAAAGCAGCAGAUUCAAGCCACGGUUACGGUCAAUUUACCAACGUCGGCCAUAAACACUACUGGUUGGACCAUACCUGAUGGUGUCGUACUGGCGGAUCCGACGUUCUCGAUGUCCAACGGUGUGGACAUGGUACUUGGGAUCGAGCAUUUCUUUGACUUCUUCGCAAGCGGUCAGAAAAUGUCACUGGGAGAACAGCUGCCAGCCCUGAACGAGUCGGUUUUCGGAUGGGUGGUAUGCGGCGGAUGCGCAGACUCACGGGAGUCUCCAAGAAUUAACUGCAACGUGUCGGCAUUGGAAAAGCUGGAUGCUUUGGUGGCCCGAUUUUGGUCCUGCGAGGAGGUCGAGUCAGCAGCCAGUAACUACUCGCCAGAGGAAGCACGCUGCGAAGCUCUGUACGCACAGUCGGUUCAACGUGGUACAGACGGACGGUAUUCGGUUGCUCUACCGAAAGCUGAAGACGCUCUGUCACGGUUAGGCGAGUCCAAGGACAUCGCCGUAAGACGUCUUCACGGCACGGAACGGAGACUGGCCAGGGACGAUCAUCUCCGGGAACAAUACGUCGCUUUCAUGCACGAAUAUGAGCAGUUAGGACACAUGACGAAGGUCACGGACACGGGCUCCGCCAAACGGUGCUACCUGCCCCAUCACCCAGUGGUCAGGAGGCUAGCACAACCACCAAGUAAUCCAGCAGGACUUGAGGUCGAUAAUCUACCGUUGUCGCGUGAAGCAGAUCAUGUUGGUUGCGGACGUCGAAAGAUGUUCCGGCAGAUCGGAAUCUGUCCGGAGGACCGUUUGUUGCAAUGCGUUCUAUGGCGUCCAACACCCACCGAGGCGAUCUCCACGUACGAACUCAACACCGUUACGUACGGUACGAAACCAGCUCCGUUUUUGGCAACACGGACGUUGAAACAGCUGGCCAUGGACGAAAAGGAACGGUUUCCGCUCGCAGCCAAGGUCGCCUGCGAAGACAUCUACAUGGACGAUGUGAUCACCGGUACCAACGACUUGGACUCGGCGAUCGACCUGCGAAACCAGCUGGACAAGAUGACGGUCAGUUGUGGUUUCCGUCUGCGGAAAUGGGCAUGCAAUCGUGCUGAAGUUCUGCAUGGUGUGGAGGAGGAUAACUUGGCGAUUCCCUGCGCCGAUGGUAUCAACCUGGAUCGAGAUCCCUCGGUGAAGACGCUCGGGUUGACAUGGUUCCCAUCUACGGACGAAUUCAUGCUCAAGUUCACCAUCCCAGAGACGGGCCCUGAUGAACCACUCACCAAGCGGAACGUUCUUUCCAAAAUUGCGUCGAUUUUCGAUCCCCACGGUUGGUUUGGCGCAACGGUUACAACGGCAAAGGUAUUCAUGCAGCAGUUGUGGACGCCGGGCAUCGAUGGCAAGCGUCUGGAAUGGGAUCAGCCAUUGCCUUCGAUGAUGGGUGAGAACUGGCGGAAAUUCGAGGAGCAAUUACCGGUUCUCAGUUCGGUUCGGUUUGCGAGAUGUGUCGUCAUCCCUAACGCAACGUCGGUUCAGCUGCAUUGCUUCUCAGACGCGUCCACCAAGGCCUACGGUGGUUGUGUUUACGUUCGUAGCGAGAACGCAAAGGGAGAAGUUAUGGUUCGUCUGUUGGCCUCAAAGUCGCGGGUGGCCCCGCUCAAGGUUCAGACGAUUCCGAGACUGGAGCUCUGCGGAGCUGUCUUGGUUGCGCAGCUGUUCAAGGUUCUACGAGAAGCGCUCGACAUUCCAGUGGACGCAUAUUUCUGGACGGACUCCACGUGCGUACUCUGCUGGCUUGGAUCUAUCCCGACCACGUGGAACGUGUUUGUAGCAAACAGGGUGUCGAAAAUUCAAAACAUCACGGAAGGAUUUCGUUGGCAACACGUCCCAGGACUUCAAAACCCUGCUGAUCUUAUUUCCAGAGGAAUUUCUCCACAGGACAUCGUGGACAACGAGUUCUGGUGGUUUGGACCGGAUUGGCUGCGUUUGAGCCCAGAGCACUGGCCGAAUGCAGAAUCUACAGCUGAAGAUGAGAAUGCGGAAACGGAAAGACGUCGAUCGGUGACAGCAAACACUGGGUCGGUGGUACAGGAGUUCAACGAUUUUUAUUUUGCAAAAUUCUCUUCGUACCCGAAGCUGAUCCGUCAAACAGCCGUUUGGUUGCGGCUCAUGAAACUUCUCCGCACUCCCAGCUCGGACCGUACAUCCGGAUUUCUCACCACGGCGGAACUGAAGGAGGCAGAGAACGUGCUGAUUCGUCGGGUUCAGAUGGAAUCGUUCGCUGAGGAAAUUAAGGCACUAUCUGCAAGAAAAACGGUUGCUGUUAAAUCACCUCUUCGUUGGUACAACCCUUACCUAGACCAGGACAACAUUAUUCGAGUGGGUGGGCGGUUGCAACACUCUGACGAGCCCGAGGACGCCAAGCACCCUGCUGUUCUGCCUGCGCGCCAUCGCUUCACACGGUUGAUUUUGCAUUAUUAUCAUCUCGGGCUGCUGCACGCUGGACCACAGCUGCUGUUGGGAACAGUUCGGCUUCGAUUCUGGCCUUUGGGAGGACGGAGCGUGGCACGCACGAUCGUGCAUCAGUGCAAAACAUGCUUCAAGGCCAAACCCACGCCGGUGCGACAAUUCAUGGGCGAUCUGCCAGCGGUACGCGUCACGGUUGCGCGUCCGUUCUCGAAAACUGGCGUUGAUUACUUUGGCCCAGUGUUCGUUCGCCCAGGACCUCGGCGAACGGCGAUCAAGGCGUACGUGUGCCUGUUCGUGUGCCUGUGCACCAAGGCUGUGCACCUCGAACUCGUGUCGGACCUCUCCACGGAACGCUUUCUGCAGGCUUUACAUCGGUUCACCUCGCGCAGAGGACCUGUCGCCGAGAUCUGGUCUGACAAUGGGACCAACUUUGUCGGAGCACGGAACAGGUUGCACGAGUUGUUUACACUGCUUCGGGACAAACAGCACCAGGAGAAGGUCUUCAGGGAUUGCGCCAACAACGAGAUUCGCUGGUCGUUCAGCCCACCAAGCGGUCCUCAUUUCGGUGGUUUAUGGGAGGCGGCCGUACGCUCAGCCAAGCACCACAUUCUGCGUGUCAUUGGAGACGAACCUAUCUCGAUCGAGGAUAUGAAUACGCUGCUCGUUCAGGUGGAAGGCUGUCUGAACUCGAGGCCCAUCACUCCCAUGUCGGACGACCCCAACGAUCUCGAGCCGCUCACGCCUGCGCAUUUUCUCGUUGGAUCAUCGUUGAAGGCGCUACCGGACCGUGAUUUCAUCAAUCUACCUGCAAACCGUCUCAACCAUUACCAACAGAUCCAGCAGAAACAACAACUAUUUUGGAAUCGGUGGAAAAGGGAAUACCUGAGCCAGCUGCAAGCUCGCGCGAAACGUUGGCGGUCACCUGUGCAGAUUGAAGUCGGCCAGCUGGUUGUAAUCGUCGACGACAAUCUGCCACCCACGCGCUGGAAGCUAGCGAGGAUCAGCGAAGUCCAUCCAGGUGCCGAUGGUGUCGUACGUGUUGUCACACUCAAGACUGCGACGAAGCUGAUCAAAAGGCCGGUCGAGAAGAUUUGUUUACUUCCACUGGACGAAGAGGAGCACAAUGCCAACAAACCAACUCGUCCAUCGCUCUGGACCUGUACGGGACUUGAGCUGACGGCUAAUGCGAUCUGCGACGACGACGACGACAGUGAAAGUGGCCUUGACACCUUUAUGCUUCCCAUCAAGAUCAAUUCGAAGACCUGCGAACGGUACUUGCUGUCGGCAUAA